AUGUCUCGAUUCUUCUACCGCGGUGGUAGCGACAGCGAGUCCAGCUCUUCGGACGAGGAGGAUGAGCUCUACGAGCGCUCCGAGGAGGAACCGAGCGACGAUGAAUCUUCCGACCAGUCCGACUCCGGCUCUGAUUCCGACGAGUCCGAUGACGAGGCGACCGCGAAGGGUGGUGCCGCCGCUUUCCUGAAGGAUGAUUCCGAUAGUGAGGAGGAGGAAGAGGAGGAGAAGGUCACAGUCGUGAAGAGUGCCAAGGAUAAGCGCUUGGAGGGUCUGGAGGCCACCAUCAAAUUGAUCGAGAAUGCCGAGAAGAUCAACGACUGGGCUGUCAUCUCGACUGAGUUCGACAACCUGAACCGCCAGAUCAUUAAGAUCACCCAGACAGGCCCCGUUCCUAAGAUCUACGUCCAGGCCGUUGCCGAUCUUGAGGACUUCGUCAACGAGUCCGCUACCAAGCAAAAGGCUUCCAACAAGAAGAUGAAUCCCACCAACCAAAAGGGUUUCAAUGCCGUCAAGCAGCGUAUCAAGAAGAACAACAAAGAAUACGCUGCUCAGAUCGAGAAGUACCGUGCCAACAAGGAUGAGUUCAUGGAGAGCGAUGAGGAGGUUGAGAAACCUGUCGUUGCUGCCCCCAAGCCCACCAAGGUCGAGAAGAUCCAGAACCUCGCCGCCGCCGCUGCCGCUGCUGCCGCCGACGAUGAAGAGUUCACCACUGUCAGCCGUGGAGGAAAGACUCACUACACCCCCGAGAGCAUCCUCAAGCACCUCCGAGUUAUCGUUGAGUCUCGCGGAAAGAAGAACACCGACCGCCUCGACCAGAUCAAGACCAUGGAGAAGCUCCUUGCUGUUUCAACCACUCCUUACCAGCGUAUCCGUGUCUAUCUGACUUUGAUCUCCACACGCUUCGACCUUACGUCCUCUUCCGCCAACUACAUGAGCCCUGAGCAGUGGAAGUCUGCUGAUAAGGAGUUCGGCUCCCUUCUGUCCGUUCUGGAGGAGAACCGCAAUCUGAUUGUGAGCGAGGGAGCUGAAGAGUGGGAGGAUGACGAGAAGCAGCCCCAGAUCUCCGAGGGCGAGACUUUCUUCAUUCCUGGCAGCAUUGUCUCAUACAUUGAGCGCCUCGAUGAUGAGCUUACCCGCUCUUUGCAGCAGAUCGACCCCCACACUGCUGAAUACAUUGAGCGCUUGAGCGACGAGCAGCAGCUGUACAACAACAUUGUCCGAGCCCAGCUCUAUCUCGAGAACCAGAAUGCUGACGACAAAACCGAGACCCGUCAAGACAGCGUGAACCGCACCAUCAUCCGCCGUCUGGAGCACGUCUACUUCAAGCCCUCGCAGGUUGUUUCCAUUUUGGAAGAGGCUACCUGGAAGGCCCUUCCUGAGAAGCUUGACUCCACCAUCACCCCUCGCAAGAAUGUCGGCGACGUCAACACACUUCUCCAGACUCUCUGUCACUAUCUGUUCCAGAACAGCGAUGGCAUUAUCCGCGCUCGUUCGAUGCUUUGUCAGAUAUACUUCCUCGCCUUGCACGACCAGUACUACCGCUCUCGUGACCUAAUGCUCAUGUCUCACUUGUCUGAGAACAUCUCCAACUUCGACGUCAGCACCCAGAUUCUUUUCAACCGAACCCUCGUCCAGAUUGGUCUGUGCGCUUUCCGCGCUGGUCUGAUCUAUGAGGCCCAGAAUACCCUCGGUGAAAUCUGCGGAUCUGGCCGUCAAAAGGAGUUGUUGGCUCAGGGUAUUAUCAUGCAACGGUACUCUACCGUUUCCCCCGAGCAGGAGCGUCUUGAGCGCCAGCGCCAGCUGCCCUUCCACAUGCACAUCAACCUCGAGCUGCUUGAGUGCAUCUACCUCACUUCCAGCAUGUUCCUCGAAGUUCCUCUCAUGGCCCAGACCUCGUCCUCCCCCGAGAUGCGCCGCCGCAUGAUCUCCAAGACGUUCCGUCGUAUGCUUGACUACAAUGAGCGCCAAGUGUUCACCGGUCCUCCUGAGAACACCCGUGACGGUGUGAUCAUGUCCGCCAAGUUCCUUGCUGCUGGCGACUGGAAGCAGGCUGCCUCCAUGCUUUCUUCCAUCAAGAUCUGGGAUUUGAUGCCCCAGCCAGAGAAGGUCAAGGAGAUGCUCUCUGCUCAGACACAAGAGGAGGGUCUCCGCACCUACCUCUUCACCUACGCUCCCUUCUAUGACAGUCUCUCCAUCUCCUCGCUGGCCGACAUGUUCGAGCUGCCUGCCAAGAAGGUCACCGCUAUCAUCAGCCGCAUGAUUUCCCACGAGGAGCUUGCUGCUGCCCUCGACCAGGUCAACAACGCCAUUGUCUUCCGCAAGGGUGUUGAGUUGUCUCGUCUGCAGUCCCAGAUUGUCACUCUUGCCGACAAGUCCAUGGGUCUGCUUGAGUCUAACGAGAAGACUCUUGAGCAGCGUACCCAGGGCAUGGCCAACGCUUUCCAGCGUGAGCAGGGCCCCGGUAACCGUGGCCGUGGUGGUGGUCGUGGCGGCGGUGGUCAAGGCCGUGGCGGUGCUCGCAUUCCUGGCCAGCAGGGUCGGAGACCUGGUGGGCAGCAAUUCGGCGGCGGUGCAUUGGGCGGUGCAAUUAAGGCUUAA